AAGGAAGGAAUGAGUGACAGACCAGCAUCAAGGCGUUGGGGUAAGUGUGAACCUCUGUGUAAACGUGAGAGCAUCAUGGUGGCAUUCAAAGGAGUUUGGACUCAGCCUUUCUGGAAAGCCGUGGCAGCUGAGUUUUUGGCAAUGCUUAUUUUUGUACUCCUCAGCUUGGGUUCCACCAUCAACUGGGGUGGAACAGAGAAGCCUUUACCAGUAGACAUGGUCCUUAUCUCCCUCUGUUUUGGACUCAGCAUUGCAACCAUGGUCCAGUGCUUUGGACACAUUAGUGGAGGCCAUAUCAAUCCCGCUGUGACUGUGGCUAUGGUCUGCACCAGGAAGAUCAGCCUUGCUAAAUCUGUCUUCUACAUUGCCGCUCAGUGCCUAGGUGCUAUCAUCGGGGCAGGCAUCCUCUACCUUGUCACGCCUCCCAGUGUGGUGGGAGGCUUAGGAGUUACCACGGUCCAUGGAAAUCUUACAGCUGGUCAUGGGCUCCUAGUGGAGUUGAUAAUCACAUUUCAGUUGGUGUUUACUAUCUUUGCCAGCUGUGAUUCAAAACGAACUGAUGUCACUGGUUCAAUAGCUUUAGCAAUUGGAUUUUCCGUUGCAAUUGGACAUUUAUUUGCUAUCAAUUACACUGGUGCCAGCAUGAACCCUGCCCGAUCUUUUGGACCUGCUGUUAUCAUGGGAAACUGGGAAAACCACUGGAUCUACUGGGUAGGACCAAUCAUUGGAGCCGUCCUUGCCGGUGGCCUUUAUGAGUAUGUCUUCUGUCCUGAUGUAGAACUUAAACGCCGUUUGAAGGAAGCCUUCAGUAAGACUUCUCAGCAAACUAAAGGGACCUACAUGGAGGUGGACGACAAUAGAAGUCAGGUAGAAACCGACGAUUUGAUCUUGAAACCUGGAUUAGUGCAUACAAUUGAUGUUGAGAGGGGGGACGAAAAGAAGGGGAAAGAAUCAUCCAAUGAAGUGUUGUCUUCAGUAUGACUAUCAAGUGGCACUGAAAGCAGAGAAGACCCCUCAUAUUUCCUUCCACCCAUUAAAGAAACAGAUUUGUUAUAAAUUAGGCACGUGCAGGUCUUCUAGUUUUUGAAGGAGGAAGCAAUUUGUCUGCUCCUUUAUGUCAGAAUCCUUAGUCUCUAAAUGUUAAAUCCCUCUUUCUCUCUGACAAGAUAGGAAGGAGACCUGCAGUGGAUUCCAAAUUCUAAAAGUGUAUACUCCCAAACUGAAUAUACAUAAAUGUUUAUUUCUAUCCUCAUUUAUUAGCAGUCAAUAGUGAACUGAAAGUACAGAUGUUUAAAGUGCAGAUUGACAGUUGAGACUUGCCUGAGAAGUGCCUAUGGACAUAUAUUUAUCAAAUUGUUCUUAUGACACAUGAUGGGCUGUUGUCACCCCCAAUUAGGCUGUUUUACUACAUGAAAGGGUCUUUGCAGAUUUAUCAGUGGUAAUGUACAAUAAGGCACAGAUUCAAAUUCAAGGGAGGAAUUAUUUAUGUUUUCCCACCCGCACCCUACCCAUGUCACCAGGCAAUCACUUAAAAAAAAAACCUGUAAGCCUGCAAAAUAAUAUUUUAACACAGGUUUUAAAAAGUAGGUGAGUCAUUUCAAAUGGUUCUUAUUAAACUCAUAUUGCACAUAUCUAUCUUUUACAAUGCAAAUGUCACCUCCCUCUGAUAUAAUAGCCCAUCUAAAAAGUCCAAGGUUGAGACAUUCUCAAAUACUAUAUACAUGCUGUUUUCUAUGUCCAUCUGAUCAAACAUCUAAAUCUUGAGGUUCAUCUAUUGAAAUUCAAUCCUACCAUGAGUCCCAGGCUCAUACGGGAAUCAGUAUGUUCCCAUGUUACAACCUAAUAAUAUAAAAUCAAGGAAAUGUGGAUUCUGGUAUUAAAGGAAACAAAGGUUAAUCUGUUUUCAGUGCACUUACUUAAAUAAACU